GUUUGGGCAUGCGCACACAAUACUGUAAUGAACCAGAUAGCAAUAUGGCGAAUAGACAGUGUCAAUCGGAAUCUAACGACAGUGGUGGCCUUCAGAAACUUCAAGGUCGCAAAUGUCUCGAGGAUAAUGAAUUUAGCGAAUCUGGUACAAAGCGAAGAACUCGUUCUGGUAAGAUGCAACAAGAGAGCCAAUUGAAAAAGCAACGUAAGACUGACGAAGACGAAACCAGUUUCAGCACUCAACAACAUAAUGACGAAGAAGAUGGUGGUGAUAGUGGUGGAGAUAUCAAAAACUCUGAUCCAUCUACACAAGAUGCCUCGGCAUCCGGUGAACCCGAAUUAACUACGGAAGAGUUGAUUGCACGAGCCAAACGAGAAUAUAAUAAGGAAAGGAAAAUUAUUAUUCGGAAUGUUCCGCCUGUUACAUACGAGGAAGUAAAAGAGUUCAUUGGUGGACAUAGCAUUUCCAACAUUGUAAUCAGCAAGAAAUCUCGUCAUGCUAUUGUUACUCUUAUGAAUGGUGAAGAUGCUGAAGAGAUUGUUGAGCAGCUUAGUGGUAAACAACUACUUGACACUGAUGUUACUGUUAAUUUGCACCCUAGUGAUAAAAUGUUGUGUCUUACGAAUCUCCCUGAAGAUUGUUUGGAAAUGGAAGUUCAUAAGUUACUGCUCACAUAUGGACCAAUGGAAAAAUUCUUUCUGAUGCGUUGUGAAGAAACUGGGGAAAGCAAAAAUUAUGCUAUAUUUGAAUAUUGCCACAAUAAGGAAAAGUCCACUUGUAUUAAAGAGGGCUUGAACUGUCAGAAAUACAAGAAUAAUCUUCUAGCAUGUGAUUUCAUUGAGGAAAAUUUGGUGGCAUCUUAUGACAAGUUGAACUCAAAAUGUCUUCUUAUCGAUGGUUUACCAAAAAACUUCAAGGAUACAGCUAAGUUAAAGGAUAUGUUCUCUACAAACCAGGCUCCCAUUUAUUGCCAGAUUGUUAUGAAAGAGAAUGAAUCUCAAGAGUGUGCUAUUGUUGAAUAUGCAACUGCAGAAGCUGCUGAGGCUACAUGGAAAUGCAUGAGAGAUACAGAAGUUGAGACCAAGAAAGUUGCAGUGUCUUUCUGCAUUCCAGGUUCAUCUGCAGUGUCCAUUUAUAACAAGAUUGUUCAGCAGAAGGAGAAGGUGGCCUCCCCAUUUCAAGCUGGAGCAGUAUUGAACAGCAUCAAAUCGGGUUUGUUGCCUGAUCCGGUAUUUCCAAACCCUUCAAUGAUGAGCAACCCUCUAGUCAAAGGCUUGGCUAAUCAGAAUCCAAAAUUGCUUGAGCAAUUUCACCAAGCUCUUCAGCUACUUCAGAAAACCUACAUACAUCAGACCAUCAUGAGAAAUGCCAAACCAGUUACAGGUCUUCUCGGCCCUGGUCCCAAUGUUUCCUUCAAUCCACUGAUGAACUCAAACAUGCAGCUUGGAUUGAUCAUUCUGCUUGCUCUCCAGAUGCAAGGACAAAGACAACAAUUAUUCACUGGACCCCUGGCCAACCAACUCAAUAUGCUCACUUCAGUUGGAGAACAGUCCAACUUUCAAGCUGUCCUCAAAGGACAGAAGCCUUCACUCUUGGGCGACCCUAUGACUGCUCAAGCUAACAUCCUCGUUCAGAAUUUAAUGUCUCAAAUGAACAAAGAACCAUCAUCAGAUGACAAAAGAGCAAGUGCUGCCAAAAGACAAAACCAAGAUGUGAAUCCCCUACCUACUGGCUUCAAUGAAGGAAAUGCCUCUUUACCAAAAUCUGUUAAGGUACCAUUUAACCAGACUCCAGUUUCUGAUGUUCAGAAAAUUCAAAACUUGAACAUCCAGCAAUUGAUGGCACUUGGUCAGUUAAUGAGCACAAUGCAGAACAGCAAUAAUCUGCAAGGGUUGGCAGCAAACCUGAAUCAAGGAAGUGACAAGAAUACUUCCCAAACUGGUGCUUUCAUCUCAAACCAACAGCAGAAGAGCAACUGGGGUGGCUCGCCAAGCAUGAAUAUUCCAUCACUUACCAAUGCUAUUGGCAAGCCUGGUCUUCUUCCUAACCCUAAUCAAAAAACAGGUAGUUCUCCAGGGUUUGGAAACUUUAAUCAAAACAUGGUAGCAGCUGCUAACUUUAUGCGUAAUUUACAAGUUCUAGCUGCAGCUCAGCAGAUGGCCUCUAACAAGGGCAAUGCCAACUCCAAUCAGAGAACCACACCUGUCAGUAAAGACAAGACUGCUAUGAUGGGAGCAGAUUCAUUGCUUGGAAGCCCUCCAGUAGUGAGUAAGUCCAAUUCCAGCAGUUCUUUCUCAGCUGGUAGAUCUGGAUCUCUUAACAGUUCUUACACCUCUGACAAUAGGAACUACAGUGAUACAACUUCUCAGAGACUGAGCAGGGGUACAUACAGUUAUGAUACAUCCAAAAGAAGCAGCCUGUUGAAUGAACCAGAGGCAAGUCAAUCAAAUCAGUCAUCUGGAAGUUACAUAUAUGACAGAGUGUCUUCUGGUUACUCAACGAGCCAUGGAACUUCAAGUUACAAUAGCCAGCCUCGAACUGGACAGUAUAGUUCAAGUUACAACUAUCCGACUGGAAACAAUGUUGGUUCUAGCAGUAGUUUGGUUCCAUCCACUAGCCUUGGUACUGGAACCACCAGUGCCACCACUGGCCACACUGAUUACUCCAGCAAUAUGUAUAACAACCAAUAUGGAACCACUAGCAAUGACCAAUAUUAUGACAACUAUAGUAAUUACUAUGACAAUCAGACUUACAAUUCUAACUAUUAUGACCAAAAUGAUGGGGAUGACAGUGAUGUUUAUAAUUCUGCUAAAAGCCAGGCAACUUCUGACUAUUAUAACAAAGACAUGGCAAAUAGCUACACUCACUCCGGUUAUCCCGAUAACUAUUCUGGAAACAACACAACUGCAAGCACUGGUCAAUAUGAAGGGAUAUAUAGUAAUUAUGGGAACAACACUGAUUCCAACACUGGUUAUUGGGGCUCAAGCACUAACACAUAUGGUACAAGUUCCUACAGUAAAGGAGCAUAUACAAAUGAUACUUCUAGCUCAAAUUAUCAGCCAUCUUACUCCAACUACACCAGUUCAACACUGAGCAGCACCUACGGAAGCACUUCAAACUAUGGCACCUCCACUUAUUCCAGUCAUUAUGGUGCUUCCACUAGCACCACUUCUCUGACAUCUCCUAUUGGUCAGAAACGAAGCUACAGUCAUUUGUUGCCACCACCUGAAGCCAGUCCAGAAGGUGCUUAUGUCGGACAACACUCUCAAGGUAUUGGUGGUCAUUAUGCAGACUCCUAUGGGAAGAGAAAGCGUUAUGACACUAGUAUCACUGCAAAAGGGAGCAGCUACUAUUGACAUUGUUUUUAACUUACCACAUUUAUUUCAAUGUCUUGACAGUUGGGUGUUUUUUGGGGUUUUUUUUUCUUUUUUUUUAUACCCUUCACCAUGUUUAAUCAUCUCUCUCUCUCUCUAUCUCUCUCCUGUCAAAGACCACUUGCAUAGCUCAGAUGGAUGAACCAACAGACAAUUCACUCAACUUUUCUCACCAACACUAUAGUUUAAUGUACAUUUUUAACAUUGAUAGAUGUAUCCUGACUGGAUUAUUUUUAUUGUUGCUAUUAUUAUCAUCAUCAUCAUCAUCAUCAUCAUCAUCAUCGUUGUUGUUAAGGUGAAAGGCAAAAUUGGUGGAGUGACUGACAAUAUAUAUUGCAGUAUUUAGUUACAUCUCAUUACACUUUUAGUUCAACUGCUGCUAAGGUUGACUUUGUCUUUCAUCCUUCCGGGAUUGAUGAAAUAAAGUAUGAGUCAAGUGCUGGAGUUGAUCUAAUUGACUACACCUCUUUCUCAAAAACUUGUGGUCUCCUGCGUGUGUUAGAAAUUACUACCAUUACUACUGAGAUCUUUGGAAAUAAUGAAAGAAACAGCAUGUACAUCUUGCAAGUUAAAGUUCAUCAUCUUUUCUUUUUACUUGGCUAAAUGAGUUUUGUGUGUGUGUGUGUGUGUGUGUGUGUGUGAGAGAGAGAGAGAGUAUAUGUUUAAUUUAAUGGUUGUACUAUUGUUUUCAUUAGCACACAACGUAAGAUUUGUGCUCAGUGUUGUCAUUUCUACCCAGUGUGAAAUUAUAAUGAAUUGAUUUUUGUUUUGUUUUUUAAUCUUUAUUUCUGUUUUAAAAUUAAAAAAAAAAGGGAAUAUAAAUAUAUAUAAACAAACAACUCUAUGCAGGUGAUUGUGUGAAGAUAAAGUUUUUCUCCACCAAUGCCCUAAAUUUUCUGUUAAGUGAGAAAAAGAAACUAGUCUUAUUUGACAUGUCUUUGAAAUGGUUUAACAAAUAUUCUUAAAUGUUUAUCUAUUUUAUUCAUAUAUAUCAACAUCACUAUUAAAAUAGAUAUAUUUAACAAAUCCUCCUUCACACCCUUUCUAUACAUUAUUUCCACACAGCUGAUGAAAUAAAUUAAUCAGCACAAAAUUAAUUUGAAUUUUCAUUUGCAGUUAGGUUUUACUGCCGUUUCUUAUCCCUCUUUUCAUUUUAUUGUUUUGGGGUUAUGGAGUGGCAGAAAUGAUACAGUGCCAGAUGAAAUGCCUCCUACUAUUUAGUUUUGUCCCUUUGUGUUUUUAACUUCAAAUCUUGUUGACUAUCUUUCACCAUUCCUCUGUGUGGUUGGGAGAGGAGGUGCCAACAAAAUAAGUGCCAGUCAUAACAAGGGUUGGGGUUCAAUUCAAUAGAAAUUAUCUGUAUCUUUAACAAGUUAGUGGCUUUUUUGCCAAUAGGAAAAAUCAAUCACAUACCUGACUAAAUAUCUUACAUUUUCAAUUCAAGUCCUGAUAGAACCAAUAUUUCAGCUCUUCAGGAUUAAUAAAGUUAACUUUCUCUUACAAAGUUCAUCCUUAUAUCUGAUCAGAGGUUUUUAUUUAUUUGUUUUUAAUCUGUGUAGGCUGUUAUAACACAUAAGCAAGAUUUGGGCAUAUGAAUUUCUCAUCUUCAUAUCUCCUAGAGUUCUGAGGCUUAAUGCAAGUGUAAGAAACAUUUUUGUUGUUGUUAUUAUACUAAGUCUAGUUCUCCACAUUUUAGUAAUGUAAUAUAUAUUAUAAUUAGUUCGUUGCACUGAAUUGUUAAUUUUUAUCCACUCAGCUUUGUCUAUGUUUAUAUAUUUCUUUUCAUGUAUCAGUUCAUUUUAUUUCAAUCCCAGCACUAGAAUGAUUUUUUUUAAAUAGAAACAGAAACAGAAAAGAAUCCAUUUCUCAUUUGAUGAUAGGUAACUGAAUGUCUUUUUCCAAUGUUCCAUUUGGAGAAGAUUCCUUGAAAGAACACACUAAGUCAAAAGAAACUUUCUCUCUUUUACUCCACUUAAAACUUUCAAUUUAGAUUUCUUUCCCAUACACACACAGAUGUUAGCUUCCCUCCCUGUUUACACACACACACACACACUUCUAUCAACCUAUGUUGGCAGUUGCCACAUUUCUCAUCACUGCAGUGGUUCAACUGAAUGUUGAGUCUUUUUUUCUAACAUAAAACAAAUUUCUAUUCAGAUAUAUAUUUUUUUCUUUCAACAUUUUCCAUCUCCCUCCCUUUUCUCUAUCAUUUUCCACUUUAAGGUAAAGAAGCAGAAAGAAAAGGACUCUUCUUUGUGAAAUAUUUUAUGGAUUAUUUAUUUUUUUAAGGAUCUCUGGGAGAACUCAAUAAACGAUCCAUUUGAUAAUCAA